GAGGCUAGAGCUUUCUUUGGGAGGACGCCCCACAAGGAACAGCAUCAUGAGCCAGUGCCCUCCAGCCCUCCUCCUGAGCCUCCUCCUCCUCCUCCUGGCCAAGCAGCAGGCUCAAGCUGCCCCUAUGACCGGAGAGUUGCGCUGCCGGUGCAUUGAGAAGAUCUCCGAGGUGAUUCCACCCAAACGCAUUGCCAAUAUAGAGCUCACCCCUGAAGGUCCCCACUGUUCUGUUUCUGAAGUCAUAGCCACCUUGAAGUCUGGGAAGGAAGUCUGCCUGGAUCCUUCGGCACGAUGGGUGAAGUUGAUCAUCAGCAGGAUUCUUAAACAGGUGCCCAGUAAGCUCUGAAGGAAGUACUGAAAUUGGAUUUGGAGCUGUAAUGGAAGUUUCUGUGUGAGGGAGAAAAAGAAAGAAGUACUUGGAAAGCCUGUGGAAGAGAAGCUGCAACUGAGUUCUGCUUCUAAUGAUCUUAAAAACCAAACGCUUCAACUGCAAUGCUACUUUUUCUACUUGUAUUUAUUACUGAAAAUCAUUUUUAAAUGUAUUUAUUACUACCUAUUGUAUAGCCCUCUGAUCAUUUCAGAAUGCUAGAUGCAUGUGUUAUGCAUGCUGUGAAAUGAAAGGACAUCAAAUGUCAGAGCUUGGAAAAGUUUGCUUUGUUUUUAUACCACAACUUCCAGAGCCUUUUGUUGAUUGGCACUGAUCAACAAAGUUAGUCUACAAAAUGUAUUUCUCCAGCUCUUCUGAAUGUAUCCCCGUGCAUCAUUUCAGUUGCUGUAAACCUGCUGUGAGCCACAUGAAACAUAAAGGAGGAUGAAAAUAUAAAUUUGCUUAAUAUAUCAAUGGGUGCCAGUGUGGUGUAGAGGUUUGAGCAUUGGACUAGUACUUUGGAGACCAGGAUUCAAAUCCUCACUAAUCUAUGGAAACCCACUGGGUGAUGUUGGCCAAGUCAAAGUCACUCGGCUUCAGAGGAAGGCAAGAGCAACCCUUCCUGACCAAAUCUUGCCAAGAAAACCCCAUGAUAAGCCUUAGGGCUGCCAUGAAUUUGAAAUGUCUUGAAGGCACAACAACAAACAUAUACUGUACUGGUAAAUGACCAAGACUGCUGUCUGACAGGACGUUCUGCAUAGCUCCUACUGAAAUGCAUGGAAACUUGUGUAGGUCCUGUCCACUUCAUUGGGAGUUGUGCAAGAGGACGUCUUUGUGUAUUGUGCCCAAGAAACUUUUUGUUAAGAUACAAGAAUAUGAAAUGUUUGAGACAACAGUUAGGCUAGAAACAUACCUUAAUCCUUGAGAUGAGCAGCUGGCAUGGAUUGGGCAGGGAGGAUUUUCUACCUCCCUGAACCUCUGUGAACUGCAACUGCCCAUUUUUCUAAACUGGAAGCGACCAGAAUGCAAUGUCCAUGUUUUCAUUGAUGAUAUUUUGGGCCUUUGCUCACACACUAAAAGCUAUGAAACAACCAGCCAUGGUCCUCAUGGUGUUUUGGUGGCAUGGUUGAUUAUUUUGUGCAAUUUAUUCCCAGUGAGCAGGACUUAAGGGGAUCACACUGCACAUCCUAUUGGGUUGUGUAACCCAUGAGUCACACUUUGUUCACAGCUGAGCUGUUGUUGGACUACAGUAGGCAAGAAGUCUGCCCUUUUCUUGACAACGGAAUAAGGCUAUAAGCCCAGUUUUUUUCAUCAAAGAUAUAGUUGCAACAUUAAAAAAAAGAAGAAGAAGAAGAAGAAGAGAGAUUCAGAAAGGAAUCUUGGGGCAUUUUAAAGAUCAACCAGUUUAUUUCAGCAUGUUCUUUUCUAGUGUUCAUGCCGCUGUUUUAUAUGUGUCUUGCAUCUGAGGAAAGUGGUUGGAGUCUUUAAAGCGCAUGCUGAAAUAAAUUGAUGAGUUUUAAAGAUAGCACAAGAUUCUUUUUCUAAAUCCCUUCUUUUAAAACCUGUUCUUUCUAUUCCCAAAUUGCCUGGCUCUAGAGUGAUGUUCAAAUUUUCCAUCAAUUUUAGAGAGGAAGGAUUUGAAUUUAUAAUGGAAAUUUGCUUUCAUAACCAUAGCAGACAGGUUUUGGAAAGGAACUGUGCAAAUCUCAUUAAAUGAAUGUUUUGAUUAUAUUUCUGUGAUAAGCGUCCUAUUCACUGAUGUUGCAAAGCUGCCUGUGGGAUUAGAGAAUGUAUUUUUACUUUGCUUGAUGACUAUAUGAAACUGUUUUUAAAACCAUUAUUUAUGUUGAAACUUUAAGAAUUAGAUAUUCUGAAUUCACUGAAAUAUUUUUAAUGUCUUGAGUGUAUGGCAUACUGCCAUGCUUUUAAAAGAAUAAACACUUUUGCUAAAGUCCUUGCAUAUUAAAAA